AUGAGCUUCAAAGCAUGGUACGGCGACGAGACUGCCUGCUGCCUGCUCGGCGCGUCUUGCUGCCUGCCUGCUCGGCUCGUCUUGCUGCCGGCUCGGCGCGUCGAGGGAGAUGACGAGCUGCGCAGCGUCAAGGCCAAGCUCGGCGUGUUUGAGCAGGCCGACGGCUCGGCGUAUGUGGAGCAGGGCAAUACCAAAGUGCUGGCCAUUAUCAAUGGACCUCAUGACAGCGAUGCGCGUGGUCCCAAUGCCAGUGGGCAUCUGACCGUCAGCUGCGAGUUUAUUUACGCCAGCUUUAGUACAGAUCAACGCCGCGCGCGAAGUCGUCUCGACCGAAAGCUAGCAGAGCAGGGCACGCGAAUUGCACGAACGCUCGAGUCGGUGGUCAUGGGUCAAUUGCUGUCGCGAUCAACGAUCAAUCUGAACGUGCAGGUGUUGCAAGCUGACGGGGGAGUUUUGGCGACUGCCAUCAACGCAGCUAGUCUGGCCAUGAUGGACGCAGGCGUGCCGAUGAAGGAUUUUCUGUGUGCAUGCAAUGCCGGUGUUUUGGAGGGUGUGGCCGUGCUUGACACCAAUCAUUCUGAAGCAUUGGCUCGUGGACCUGAUCUUACCGUGGCCGUAAUGCCACGCACCAAUACCAUCGUCUUGAAUCAGGAUGAAAAACGUCAGACAAACUUUGAAUUGACCAUGGCCCUAAAACUUUUGUAUCAUCUUGGGGUCGAGUUUGUUUGCAGUGUGCUCUCCCUGCCUCUCGCUCUCUCUCUCUCGCGCUGUGCUCUCUCUCUCGGCCACCCAAUUCUUGAGUAUUGCCAACACGCACUUACACACUCUCUGCAUCCCCAACCCCAUUCUCUCUCUCUCUCUCUGUCUGUGUUUCUCUUGUUGUCCGUGACGACCAAUCUCUCUCUCUGUGUCCUCUGUCUCUGUUGUCUCUGUGUCUCUGUCUCUCUCUCUGUCUCUCUCUGUCUCUCUGUCUCUCACACACACACACACACUCUCUCUCUGUCUCUCUCUCUCUGUCUCGCGCUCGGGCGUAUGCCGUUGCCCCACGCAUCAACCAUCCCCCUUGGGGCGGGCCGCGCCGGUAACAUGAAUCCUCCAUUGGAAAUGCCCGAAUCGAGUUUUCAAGGCUCAGCGCUGGACCAGCUCCGCAGUAUGCCAGACUCGGGCUUUCAAGGCUCAGUGAUGGACCAACUCCGCUCUGGUGCUGACCCCAUGGACUGGAUGACCGAGAGCUUUUCUGAUGCCGAGUCGGAUACCUCAGAAGUCAGCUUUGGCGACCCCAGCGUUCAGAUUCUCGAGAGCACCACCUCUCCAUUUGCUCCGGUCAUUGGUCUGCUUCAGUCCAUUCUCGAUGAACAUCCGCUCGAGCCAGUCGACAUCUUCGAAAGCAGAUUGCCAUUCGCCGAGCGACAAAUCCCUUCCGAAGAGGAUUCAACCCCGACACGCCUCAAGUGGUGCAUUGACUAUCUCAAGCAGCAAAACAUUGCCCGCACAGCACACAAUGAGGUGAACCGGAUCCUGCAGUCGAAGCUUGAUCGUUCCGGCAUGGACGAGAGCAUGAAGCGCUGGGUUGAAAGUUACUCAGACGCUGACAAUCGCCGGCGUCGCUCCAUUCGCCGGCGCCUUUCUCCCAUGCGCCGAUCUUCAGGCAGCCGUCUGUCAGUGGAUAGUAUAAAGUCCCGUAGUGCUAGCGAAGCCAUGCUCGUGCGUCGGCUGUCAGCCACCAUGGGCAAUCCAUCCCGGGGUAUGGCGAUGGACAUCGACUUUUCCCAGUCGGCUGACCCUUCCCUUUUCAGCGCUCUGCGCCAGCGUCGACGCAUGUCCCAGAUCACGGAAGAAGAUGAGGUCUCUUGGUCACAACAACCCAGUGCUGCUACAUCCGAGUCGACGUUGGAGUUACUGGCCCUGACACCGCGCAUGACGACAACCGAGCCGCGUUCCUCCCAGCCCUCUUCACAGCCGUCGUCACCCCACCUGUUGCACACCGAGUCCUCUGGCCGCAACAGCGAUCCAGCCAUCUUCACGUUUCGCCGUGGCAACGAGGAUGGUGCUACUCGUGAGCGCCACAAUAGCAUCGACGCCAAGUCGGGUACCGGGAUCGUUCUGGCUCGCGAGGUGAUCACUUCUGCACGCGCCAGCAUGGCCACGACCUUGAGCACCGGUACUGCCGUCUCGACCGAGGCUGUUUCGCCCAGCAACACCAGCAUGGUGGUCCCGACUGCCAACGAUCGCACUCAAAGCGGUUCUCCACGUACCUCACCCCUUCUCAUGCGAGGCCAGACCGUUGACGAUGGUAGCAAAGCUCCGCUGACCUCCCAAUCUUCUGAAAAGACACUCAUCGAAAACGGCGUCGCCGAAGCCAACGGCGAGGGCGCCGCUCCCGCUAGCAAUAUUGGUAGCAAUCGGGGCUCCUUGCGCCAGCUUCGGCCCAGCAUUGCCCUGACUCACACCAACUCGACUGACGAGGAUGACAUGCUUCGAGUGGCGCGAAAAAGCUCUUCAUUGCCGCCAAAUAUUCCUGCCAUGGCAUCUGAUCUCAGUGUUACUCGCUCGUUGGCUACGCGUCCCAUGCGUCUUCAAGGCAAUACCACCCGCGUUGUGCGCUCCUUUUCCACGCGCAGCAGCCGGGCCGUUCUUGAAAACCCGUUGGUGGACUUUGAUGACAAGUGCUUGGACUUUCUCGAUGGCAUCCGCGAUUGGGGUCUGGACAUUUUCAAAUUUGAAAGCGUGGCGGCCCACCGACCACUCGUUGGGAUUGCCAUGCAAGUUCUAUCUGAGCGCAAUCUUUUCGACAAUCUUGGACUCGAUAAGAGCACGGCGGCACGCUUCUUUGCGCGCCUCGAGGAUGGCUACGGACGAUAUCCUGACGUUCUCUACCACAACAAUCUGCAUGCCGCUGACGUCACGCACAGCACCUUCCUGCUCAUGGAAGCGCCCAUUGUGCGCAAUUGUCUCAACGAUCUCGAAGUCCUUGCUGCCGUCAUCGCUGCGGCUGGACACGACGUGGGUCACUUUGGGUUCAACAAUACGUUUCUGGCAGCCACCUCCGCCCCCUUGGCCAUUCUGUACAACGAUCAGUCAAUUCUGGAGAACCAUCAUGCAGCAACCUCUUUCAAGCUCAUGCAGGAAGAAGGAUGCAAUUUGCUGGCCAACCUCGAGGCGGACCUGCGAACAACCGCGCGUAGCUUGGUGAUUGAUAUGAUCCUCGCGACGGAUAUGGCCAAACACUUUACCUUCCUUGCGGAGUUCCGCUCCUUCGUUGAGCGCAUCAACAACACCAGCUGCCGUGACCUCACGGAUCUUAGCGAUGAGGACCGUCAGCUGUUGCUCCAAGCCAUUGUUCAUUGCGCUGAUCUGGCUGGUCCCACCAAGCCGUUUGCCAUCUCCAAGGUUUGGGCCGAGCGCAUUGUCAACGAGCUCUUCCGUCAGGGCGAUCGAGAGCGCGAGCUGCAGCUGGAAGUUGGGCCCAUCAACGACCGCGACAAAACCAAUCUUCCAACCUCCCAAAUUGGCUUUAUAGACUUUAUCGUAAUGCCGCUCUGGACCACUUGGUAUGAGCUGGUCGGCGAGGAGCCUGAUCAGAGUCCAAUCGAGAAUAUCACGGCCAAUCGUGCCACCUGGCAGGAGCUGAAAGACAAGGACGAGCGAACUUCUCCUUUGGCGCGACGCCGCACAGGUCGUCGCAGGCCAAAGCGGCUGAAAUCUGCCUCCCAUCGCAGCGGGUCUCGCGCUCAAUCGGCCGAGGAUCCCGAUCUGGAUGCCUCUACUAGUUUUAGCCAGCGCGAGUCAUAUAUUGACGAUGCCAGCCAACGUGCCUCGGUCAUCAGUGACUUGGAGGACAACGUCACUGGUGAGGUUGUACGCGAGGUGGCGACAGAGGUGGCUGCAACGCUGACCUCUAAAACAGGGCCUGCCACUCCGGCUCACGCGCGGCGCGUGUUGAACACGGAUCAAGCCAAGUCCACGCCGAGCUCUCCCUACGGCGAUUCGACCAGUGUCUCAGUCGUUUAA